UAAAAUAUUGUCUGAAGCAUAUUUUGAAAAUCACGUGAAGCUUUUUUAAUUUAAACUUUAUAAUAAAUAUCGUGUUAGUGGAGUACAGUUUGUAAAGCCAAGGUGAUUCCCUUGAUUAAAGAAACAAUAUUAGAAAGUUUUUGAUAGGCUUUGGAUCACUAAAACAGAAGCUCACAUACUUUGUUUGUUUCAUUUUUUUUUUUCUUUUUCUUCAGCUUACGAGGUUAUGAGAUGCACAUCAGAUCCAGACUCUCUGCUUCAUCAUCUGGGAUGGCUCGUUGGUUGUUUCAGAUCCUGAUCAUCUCUUCUCUUCAUCUGAUUUCACUAUCAAGUCAACAAGAGACAAGGUUUGUCUAUGAAAGCUUCCUCGACCAAGAAAAUCUUUACAUUGAUAAAUCCGCUACAGUACUUCCCAGUGGAAUAUUGCGGUUGACGAACGCUUCAGAGCAUCAGAUGGGUCAUGCUUUCCACAAGAAACCACUUGAGUUCAGUUCAUCCGGACCACUCUCUUUCUCAACACACUUUGUGUGUGCUCUGGUGCCUAAGCCACGUGUUGAAGGUGGCCAUGGUAUUGCCUUUGUGUUAUCUCCUUCUAUGGAUUUCACUCACGCAGAGUCAACUAGAUACUUGGGGAUUUUCAAUGCUUCAACAAGUGGAUCUUCCUCUUAUCACGUUCUUGCGGUUGAGCUUGACACUAUUUGGAAUCCAGAUUUCAAAGAUAUUGACCACAAUCAUGUGGGGAUUGAUGUCAACAGUCCUAUAUCUGUCGCAAUAGCUUCGGCAUCUUACUUUUCCGACAUAAAAGGGAGUCACGAAAGGGUAGACCUUUUAAGUGGAAGGCCUAUACAGGUAUGGGUGGAUUAUGAAGGCACUAUGCUCAAUGUUUCGAUUGCUCCUCUUAAAGUCCAGAAGCCAAGUCGACCUCUUUUGUCACACCCCAUCAACCUUUCAAAGUUUUUUCCGAAUAGGUCAAGACUGUUUGUUGGGUUCUCUGCAUCGACAGGGACAGCGAUCAGUGAUCAAUAUAUUCUUUGGUGGAGUUUUAGCACAAGAAGAGGAUCACUGCAGGGAUUUGAUAUCUCAAAACUUCCUAAAGUUCCUCAUCCACAUAAGAAACUAUCUACACUGAUUAUUAUCCUGCCCGUUUGUCUGGCUAUUGUGGUGUUGGCUGUUCUUGCAGGACUUUAUGUCCGCAGGAGAAGGAAGUAUUCAGAGGUAUCUGAAACAUGGGAAAAAGAGUUUGAUGCACAUCGGUUCUCUUACAGGUCCUUGUUCAAAGCAACUAAGGGGUUCAGCAAAGAUGAAUUUCUCGGAAAAGGAGGUUUUGGAGAAGUUUAUAGAGGAAAUCUCCCAAAAGGCAGAGAAAUAGCAGUGAAGAGAGUUUCCCAUAAUGGUGAUGAAGGUGUGAAGCAAUUUGUAGCUGAAGUCGUGAGUAUGAGAUGUCUGAAACACAGGAAUCUUGUACCACUGUUUGGGUAUUGCAGAAGAAAACGAGAACUUCUUCUUGUCUCAGAGUAUAUGCCAAACGGUAGUCUUGACGAGCAUUUGUUUGAUGAUCAGAAACCGGUUCUUUCUUGGUCAAAAAGAUUCGUGGUUGUUAAGGGUAUCGCUUCUGCUCUCUGGUACUUGCAUACAGGUGCUGACCAAGUUGUUCUGCACCGAGAUGUCAAAGCUUCCAACAUUAUGUUAGACACGGAGUUCAAUGGAAGGUUGGGGGAUUUUGGCAUGGCCAGGUUUCAUGAGCAUGGAGGCAAUGCAGCUACAACAGCAGCCGUGGGCACUGUAGGGUACAUGGCGCCAGAGCUAAUCACAAUGGGAGCUUCUACUGGAACUGAUGUUUAUGCAUUUGGUGUUUUCAUGCUUGAAGUAACUUGUGGGAGGAGACCAGUGGAACCGCAGUUGGAAGUUGAGAAACGACAUAUGAUCAAAUGGGUUUGUGAGUGCUGGAAAAAGGAUUCUUUGCUUGAUGCUACCGACUCGAGAUUGGGAGGUGAAUUCAUAGCCGAGGAAGUCGAGAUGGUUAUGAAACUCGGUCUGCUUUGUUCAAAUAUAGUGCCAGAAUCCAGACCUACAAUGGAACAAGUGGUUCUUUACCUCAACAAAAACCUACCUUUGCCAGAGUUCUCACCAUAUACUUUGGGGAUUGGCACAUUUGCUCCAGUUCUGGUUGAUGCAUCCUCGCUUGUGGUCUCUUCCGCGUCAUGGAAUUGGUCAGUCCCCUCAGUGUCUUCUUCCUCAACAAACCACUCACCUUAUGCUUGUCAGUCAACUGAUCAGCCAUGGGGACAGACAUUAGACACUACGAACUCUCUUCACAUAGUUGCAGAACCAGAGAAGCCUAAGAAUAUCUCACCCGCUGUCAAAACGGUAACAUUGCCUGCAGAAGAUCACGAGUCCAAUCAUUCCAGCAUCGACAGUGUGAGAUAAACGAAACUGACUGGAUCCAAAACAAGUAUACAACAAAUGAACAGAACUAAUUUAACAGAACCAAAUGGAUCUUAACUGACUGAAGUGAU